CUUCGAGCCGGCCGCCGCCUUCCGCAGCAGCGUGCUGGAGCUGCAGGAGGAGACGGGCGGCGCUGUCCGACUGACACCGCUCAACUUGCUCCAACUGCCCAAGAUGUGGGGCGCGGCGACGCACGGCCAAGAGGCGCGGCUGCAGCAGGCACUGGAUGGCCUAAGCUGGCGCCCCUGGCACCAGGGGCCCUGCCUGCGCGUGGUGGGCGUGGCACACCGCAGCACGUUCUUCCGCUACCUGGUGCGCACGGUGGUGGAGCGAGAGCACCUGUUCCAGUUCGGCCGACCCGAACUGGUCGUGUAUGUGCCCAGCUCCGAGGUCGAGAGGCUGACCUCGUCCCCUGACAUGAGCGGCCGGGCGUACCGGCCGUACAGCAUCCUCAGCCAGAUUUUUUUCGACCUGGAGCUGCUGCGCCGGGUCCCGGCCAAACACUUCUACCCCUGGAUGAUGGCGCGCAAGCGGGUGUCCUUCACCGACAUGGACAUGGUGCUGAUCCGGUACACGCCCAAGGUGGACCCCGGCCUGCCGGACUCGGAGCUGCCCAACCUCGACUUCUUCAUCCGCCACUGCACCGUCUCGAAGAGGAGGCGUAUCGUCCCGCAGCUUGAGGAGUGGGUGCCCGGCUGCGGUCCGCGUCUGAUCGCGCUCGGUCACGGCGUGUUCUCGCCGUUCCGGGACCUCACCCCGGCCGAGCUGCUACGCCUCUUCCUCGAGUUCGCCUCGUGGCCAGAGUACUCGGCCUGCUCGUUCCACAACGCCGUCCAGCAGGACGCCCUGGGCGGGAUGUCGGAGGAGCUGGAUGAUGAGGACCUGGCCGGCGAGGCUGGCGGAGACCUGGAUGAGUUUGAGCCGGGUCGAUGACCGACCGAAGGCCGUGUGAAGAACCAGCCGUGUUGGGGCGAGCAUCCCGGCACUGGGAAAGCUCUCGUGGCGUGGCAAACGUGUGGGGCGAACCCGUAGUGGUGGAGCGAAGCUGCCAUGGUGUGGCGAGUGGCUCGUGUCGGAGCGAGCGAUGGCGCGAACCGGCCGUGGUGGCGCGAACCGGCCGUGGUGGUGCGAACCAGCCGUGAUCGCGCGAACCAGCCACGAUGGCGCCAACCAGCCGUGAUGGCGCGAACCGGCCGUGAUGGCGCGAA